AUGACCACUGUCUACGAGAAAAAGUUUUCUAUCUGGUUCAAGGAAGGAAAACCCCUUGGACUGAACUGGAACCUCAAUGCAUUGACAGUUUCCAUGCCUCCAGAGAAGAUGACGAAGGCGCUGGCAUGGAUCCGAGAGGUCAUCGGCCGCGAACGAACAACCAGGACGCAGCUGAACAACCUUAAGCCUCAACUCUAUCCCGAUGGUCCGAUUCACAUUAAGGUCAAUUAUCACGUGCACAUGGAUGCCGGUGAUCGAGGACUGUGCGUACUUUUUCCUGCUCAUAAGCAGUUCUUCCAGUUUGAAUUUGACAACGAUCAGCAGCAGCUGAUUCAAGAAUUCAAUGAAACUGGAAACAAUGAUUUCGGCAUCAACGUUAGGGAGCUCAUGAGUGUUGUCUACGCGACUUUAAGAUGGGGACGUUCGUGGAAGAGCGGAGACGGGAAUCCCGAAUCGCACGUUAAGUUAUGGUUUGACAACACGUCGGCGGUCGCUUGGAGAAGUGCAGAUCCCAAACGACUAGAGAAAUCUCUCGCGUCUCUGGGAGCGCUAUUGCAAGCAGGAGCUUUAGCCCAGUCGACACGACCGAAAUAG